UUAAACAUUGCACCUCUCUCUCUCUCUCUCUAAGUAACUUUCCGGCUUUCUUUUGAAGCUUUGAUUUGUAGAGCUAAAAUGGAAUUCCAAAACCAGUAUCAGCAGGCUGAUCAGAUGCCAGAAUACGAGUGCCUUCUCUUUGAUCUUGAUGACACCCUUUAUCCCUUGAGUUCUGGAUUAUCUAAACAAUGCACCAAGAACAUUAAAGAAUUCAUGGUUAAAAAAUUAGGCAUAGAGGAAAAAAGAGUCACUGAGGUGAAUCAAGUAUUGUACAAGAAUUAUGGAACAUCAAUGGCCGGUCUCAAGGCUAUUGGUUACAAUUUUGACAAUGAUGACUAUCAUAGUUUUGUUCAUGGAAGAUUGCCCUAUGAGAAUCUAAGACCUGACCAUGUCUUAAGGACUCUAUUGCUAAGCCUGCCAUACAGGAAACUUAUUUUCUCAAAUGGGGAUAAGGUCCACGUGGCAAAAACCCUAAGCAAGCUUGGAUUGAAUGACUGCUUUGAAGGAGUUAUUUGCUUUGAGACUCUGAAUCCGACUAAUGAUGAUGAAGGAUGCAGCAGCACAAGUAUUUUUUAUCAUUCUUGCUUAUUUGAUGCUGAAAUAUCAGAGCUUCCAGUGACUCCAAUUGUUUGCAAGCCAUUUGCAAAUGCAUAUGAACAAGCCUUUGAAAAAGCCAACAUUAACCCUCAAGGAACUCUAUUCUUUGAUGAUAGCAUCAGGAACAUACAAGCUGGAAAAAACAUCGGUCUCCAUACUGUAUUGGUUGGCACUUCCAACAGAACCAAGGGUGUGGAUUAUGCAAUCGAGAGCAUCCACAAUAUCAGAGAAGCACUUCCAGAACUAUGGGAAAUCAACAAUAAGGACACAGCCAUGGGUAGAACCUUUUCAGGGAAGCUGCUGGCAAUUAAGACAUCAGUGACCGCCUAGGUGCUUAAGCUUUUUAGCUUCAAUUUCAAAGCUCCUUUGAGCAAAUGGAAAAGCAUGGAGGCCAGCAAUUGGCUAUGUAUUUUCUUAUGUAUAUCCUAAUAAUGUAUGGUCAAAUUACCAAUGAUCAAGAAAGCUUCUUUCUGUA